AUUAGUGGGGAACAAUGAAAACACGCAGUGGAGCUCGCGUCGAGGUCUAGAGUUGUGUUUGAGGGUACCACACAAAUCAAAAUCUGUCCACCCAAAGGUGUCGUCUGUUGAAGAGGGUCAAAGCCAUAUUUGUAUUUUAACGUGUUGUAUAUGAAAGAGUUAAAAUAAUGCUGCUGUUGCUGCUGUUCCAUUUCUGAUUCCAGUUCAGGAUAUGACGCCUGAGUUGACAGCUUCAAACGUUCAUAGGCGGGUGUGUUGUCGGGUUUCGGUGUGGUUUUAACGAAAAGAAAUGUAAUUAACGUUAUAUUUUUUGUUGUUGCCAUUUUUAAACGCUUGACUCGAUUUGUUUCAGUCCUUGGGUGCGGUUCUACACUUUUUGUGUCGUAUUUUGUUUUUUACAUCAAUGCAACAGAAUGAGUCUGCAUGAGAUCAAUGAAAACGUGAAACUUGCUCGAGAGUACGCUUUGCUUGGGAACUACAGUUCUGCUAUUGUUUGUUAUCGGGGAGUACUUGAACAAAUCAAGAAAUACCUUUUCACAGUACGGGACAGUAGCUUCCAACAGAAAUGGCAACAGGUAUGGCAAGAGAUAAACGAAGAAAACAAUCAGGUUCAAGAAAUAAUGACAACUCUAGAAAGUUUUCAACUGGAGACCACCCCAUCCAAACCACCAAGUAAUCAAGAUGACAUUAAUGACAUAUGGCCUGUACAAGUAGAGCGCAGAGCCUCUCCUCUUCCGGUUAGGAGGCCCCCGGUUCCCUACAAAGACAGUAAACCACACAACAACCGCCUGAGUGUGGCCGGUGUGCGGGCUCAGCAUCGCCAGUCACCACGUGGUGCCAAUGGGGACCGAGCCAAACCUUUGAAGGGCAAGGAAAAAAAAGAGCCCCCAGCCAAACCAAAAGACGACAAGAACAAAGCUGAAGUCUCAGAGAAAGAGGUGAAGCGGUUUGACGGACAAGGAUAUGACAAAGACCUUAUUGAGGCCCUGGAGAGAGACAUCAUUUCACAGAACCCCAAUGUCAAAUGGGAUGAUAUUGCAGACUUGGAAGAAGCAAAAAAGCUUUUGAAAGAAGCUGUUGUGCUACCUAUGUGGAUGCCAGAGUUUUUCAAAGGAAUACGAAGACCAUGGAAGGGUGUGCUUAUGGUGGGUCCUCCAGGCACAGGAAAGACUCUUCUGGCCAAAGCCGUUGCCACAGAGUGCAGAACCACAUUCUUUAACGUCUCGUCUUCUACUCUCACUUCCAAGUACAGAGGAGAGUCUGAAAAACUAGUCCGCAUUCUAUUUGAAAUGGCCAGGUUCUAUGCCCCCACCACCAUAUUCAUUGAUGAGAUUGACUCCAUAUGCAGCCGCAGAGGAACGUCAGAGGAACAUGAGGCUAGCCGGCGGGUGAAGGCAGAGCUGCUGGUCCAGAUGGAUGGUGUGGGAGGAGCAUCAGAUAAUGAGGAUCCCUCUAAGAUGGUGAUGGUGCUGGCAGCCACUAACUUUCCCUGGGACAUCGAUGAGGCUCUGAGGAGACGUCUGGAGAAGAGAAUCUACAUCCCUCUGCCUUCAGCCAAGGGCAGAGUGGAGCUGCUGAGGAUCAACCUAAAGGAGCUGGAGCUGGCCAAUGAUGUGGAUAUGGCAAAGAUAGCAGAGCAGAGUGAGGGCUACUCAGGAGCAGACAUCACCAAUGUCUGCAGGGACGCCUCUCUGAUGGCCAUGCGGCGAAGGAUCGAGGGGCUGACGCCAGAGGAGAUCCGUAACAUCUCCAGAGCCGAGAUGCACAUGCCCACCACCAUGGAGGACUUUGAGUCUUCUCUGAAGAAAGUGUCCAAGUCUGUAUCAGCGUCCGAUCUAGAGAAGUAUGAGAAGUGGAUUGAAGAGUUUGGCUCCUGCUGAGAGUUAAUCAGGAAGCCUGCAGGGGAUUUGGUGGGAUGCUCUGUUGAUAUUCUGGGAACAAUAAUUUAACUGUAAUGGUUUCCCUUUCUUUGUAAAUUAUUUAUCUUAGGCUAGGUGAUGUGAAAUGCCUUAAAGCAGGGUAACCAUGCACCUAAGUAAGCUGUUCUAUAAAGGCCCAGGAGUGCUGGAACAAAGACUGUUGAAAACCAAAUGAUUCUGAUUUGUGUUUUAUUAUAGCUCAAUUUACACUAGUAGAUUAGCUGUUAAGUUAGUUCAUUCAUUUGCACUACCAGGUCUCAUGACAGCAAAUUCUAUGGUCCUUUCUAUUUCAAUUUAACUCCUUUGCUACCAAAGUAUCCAGUGUCUUUGGGUUUUAUCAGAUGUGCUACUGCUAUCAGUUAAUCAAAGAUGCACUACCAGAAAACAUUUAUGACCUUGAUUUAAUUUCUAAAUAUGUAUUUAGGGAACCAACUGGUUCUACCCACAUUUUGUGGAUGUGAAUUUAUAUACCAAUCAUAGAACACUAACCAUGUCUUAAUAAAGCUAUAAAAGUCAAAUAUUA